UGCAUGGGGGAAUCAUGGGGGCGGGGCUGCAGGGACUGCGCUGUGCAGGGGCUGCAGCUUCCGCCCCGUGCCCGGGCGCUGGUGGUGCAAAGUUCUCAGCGAACGCGGGGCGGGCACCCCACAUCUGAGCCCAGGAAGGGCUCGGCCCCCCCGGGCGAUGGGCUGGAGCUGGAGUACGAGAUGGUGCUGAGCACCGGGGAUUCCUUCCGGACGCGGCGCCUCUCGGCUGAUGAGUUCGGUAUCCUGGAGACAGACAUCACCCUCGUCCUCAUCAUCAUCCUCACAUUACUCAUCAGUGAGCAGCUGGGGGAGAUCUGAGCUUCAAGGGGGCCUGG